AUGGCAAAUGGCUCGUCUGGCGACAACGUGGUCGACGAAGACGAAGUCGAAGAAAAUCUAGAGAGAGCAUUACUCGGUGAGCCACACGAGCCAAGCUCUGCGGAUAUGUAUCUUCUUCUGCAAGAGAUGCACACCGAUAUGCGGAGUUUUCAAUCUUGUCUUGAUCGAGUAGAGCAAGGCCAGAGCAAGGACUACAUCGAGGACAACAACGAGGUCGUUCAUGACACGGAUUUGGCGCCAAAACAUGGCGGCCACAAGCGGAAGCUUAGUGAGGAUGAGGAUGACGAAUCGGUUUUACUAAAUAAAGUGUUGUCAAACUCAGCUGACCCAGCUGAAAAACCAGCAGAGAAUAUACCUGGAGAUACAGACAGCUUGCUGUCAGAUAUUGCCCAAGAUUUAUCCGAACAAGAACCUACGGGUCCUGCAGUGAAUGAAGAUUUGGCAGCCAUGCUUAACAAGCGAUGGGUUACAAAAAUGUCAGGUAAAAAGCUAUCCGACAAACUAGAGUUAAUUCAACGUCCUGAAAAUUGCUCAGGUCUGAUUGGUCCUCGAGUUAGUUCAGAAAUUUGGCCAAACCUUGACAGGUUUAAUAAUUGCAGGCAUCUGCAAACUGGUAAUGUUCAGAAGAACAUGGCAAAAGCAGGGAGCUCCUUAAUUUAUACCACCAAUAAGCUCCUCCACUCACGGAAAAAAUGGCAAUCAGGUGGACCCCACGAAAAUCGUCAAAUCCAAUAUGGAAAUUAUGGCAAUUCUGGGACAUGCCUUUGUUGA